AUGUCGAAUGAUACAAAACAAAUUCGUAUUCGAUGGUAUUCAUUCGCUGAUGAAAAUCAAGAUGAAAAUAGAAUUGAUGAGAACACGCAUUUCAAAGAGAGUUAUCAAGAUAAACUUGAUAUCGAUACGAUUCUUACUGAAAUAGAAUCGGUGAAUCGUCAUUUUGAUAAAACAAUUACGUUACACAAACAAGAUAUUAGCGAAACUAAGCAUUUAUUACAAAAAUCAAUCAAAGCAGAUUCGAACGAAACAUCCGAUGUUGUUAAAAGUCCGAAAAGUAAAAAAAGAAAAGUGACAAUCAAUAUCGAUGCUGCUUUACCCGUAAGAAAACGACGACGAACGGUAGAUGUCAAUGACGCUGAACAAAAACAACCUAAAAAGAAAACCAAAGUAAAUUUAUUCAAAGUACAAAGUAAUCGUUUUCUGAAAGAAAAUCAAACUGUAACAGAAUAUGAAGUCGAUCCAUUUUUCGAAUCCAAUGUGACUGUUCCAUUUAUAUCAUCGAGUGUUCAGAGUAAAUUAGCAAUACGUGCUGUUAUGCUAAAUGAUGCAGAACUGUUGAAAAGUCUUAUUGAUGAUAUCGAUCAUGUCUAUGCGGUACACAUUAAACGUGAUCUGCCGAAGAGUCUUUCAGCUAUUCAUUAUGCAGUUAGAAAUAAUAAUACCGAAUUGUUUAAAGUACUCAUAGAAGACUUAUUACAUCCAAAAAGUGACCGAUGUCCUUAUCCAGAAGUGACUUUGCAAAAGCAAACAACAGGAAAUGCAAGUAUUCGUACUCUUGGCUUUCGAACCGCUGAAAUUAUGGCUAGUCGUGGUGCUCGUGAAGGCAAUAAUGCAUUGCUUAAAGUAACACCUAUUCAUUGUGCUGCUAUUAAUCCUAACGCAAAAUACUUAAAACAACUCUUGGCGGUUGUAUCUGAGUAUAAUAUUGCCGAUAAAGAAGAACGAAAACCUAUUCAUUAUGCUGCUGCGUGUGAGGGAUUCGAUCCACUAGAAUAUCUCCUAUCAAAAGAUGUGAAAUUUAAUGAAGCUGAUAAAAAUGGGAAUACACCGUUACAUGUUGCUACCAGGUAUGGUCGUCAUUCCAAUGCAGAACUACUAUUACGUAACGCAAAAGAAAAGGCUGAAUCGAAUGAGCCUGACGAUCUAGCUGAGUAUCAAAAAUAUGGUCUCGCAUCAAUCAAUCGAAUGAAUACAGCCAAACAGUGUCCUAUUCACUUAGCUGUUAUCAAUAACCAUAUAGAAUGUAUUGAGGUCCUUAUUCAAUAUGGUGCAACUAUUGAUAUAUUUACGAGCGUAUCAAAAGAAAAGCUAACGCCACUGAUGUUUGCAUGUCAAAAUGGAUUUCUAAACAUUAUUAAAUGCUUAAUUAAACAUGGAGCUCGAGUCGAAUCACGUGAUCGUUUUAAACGAACACCAUUGAUUCAUGCUUGCAUGUACGGACAUGCACAUAUUGUUUCAUAUUUACUUCGUAUUGGAGCGAAUCCGAAUGUAUUCGAUUCAUCGAUGAAUUCGGCUUUGGUUUAUGCGGUUGCUUAUGGUUGGUACUUUUGUGUUCGAUUAUUGAUGGAAGCUGGAGCUAAUUUGAAUGCUGCUAAUUGUUGGCAAGUUACAUGUCUCGGAAUUGGUUUUUCGAAAGGACAUUAUGGUAUUUGUGAUUAUCUUUUAAAUGAACAUCAAGCAAAUAUUAAUUUUAAAAAUGAUGAGGGUUUAACAAUAGUUAUGCUCACAGUUGAUUUAGAUAUUUCGAAAUCGUCUGUACAACAAUUGGAAUAUGCUGUUGUCAAACAUAAUGCGGAUUGUACGUGUGUUGAUAUUAAUGGAAGCAAUGCUUUUCAUUAUUUAGCAUCGAAGUCACCUUCAGAAAGUAACAGUACCUUAUCUAAAAAAUAUUAUUUUCGAAUGGCUCAAAUUUUACUUGAUCAUCAUUGUAAUCCUACUCAAAUGAAUAACAAAGCACAAACACCAUUGAUGCUCGCACUUGAAUCGAAAAAUUUCUAUAUGGUUGAUUUUUUAAUUAAUCAAGCAAAAUUGGAAAUAACUUUGGAUAUAAAUCGUGAUGGAAAAACAUUAUUACAUUAUUUUGCUAUGAAUAGUGAGGAUGAAAAAUUUGUUGAAACGUUACUGAAUUUACCGGUAACAGACGAUCUGAAAAAGAUGAGUCUAACAUUGGAUAACGAAGGACGAACACCGUUUCAUUAUUGUACUUUAAGAUAUGAAGAAUGUUUUGGCAGAAUAUAUUAUGACUUCGAAAAUCGACUUAGCCAAUAUCAAUCAAUAAGUAAAAUGAUUCGAUAUUUCCUGGAUACGCUUGAAUGCUUUAGUGAAGAAUGCAUUUUUCAUUUAUUAUAUGAAGGUCCCUCUAGCAGCCAAGAUGAUCAACAUCCAUUGGAAAUCUUUCUUAAGAAAUCGAAAAACAUCAAUGCUUAUCAUUUUGGAACAGGUGAUACACCGUUAUUACGAGCCAUUCAUAGCAAAAGCUAUAAAAUUAUUAGUAUACUCCUUCAACAACCAUCAUGUGAUGUUAAUGUAGCUAAAUUAUCAAAUACAUACGAAGGUGGACAAACUCCAUUGAUGACCGCAUGUAAACUUCAGUAUUUUCCCGCUAUUCGUGAUCUUUUAAAUCAUCCAAAGUGUGAUUUUCUUGCCUAUGAUAAUCAGCACAAUCAAGCUUUACAUUAUUUUUUAGCUACUUCGACUCGUUCUGAUGAAUAUUUAGAAAUUUUUGAACUAUUUAUCGAAAAAUUGAUCGCUAUUGGUAAACAUGCAUUGAAUUCGAAAGGUAAAUCUGGUAGUACACCACUGCACAUUGCUGUUCUUCAUAACCAAGGUACAGUCGAUACGAUUAAUGUUGUCGAACAAACUCUAAUUGAUAAUGGUUGUGAUGUGUUCAUUAAGGACGAUCUUGGCAAUAUUCCAUUACAUAAUGUCUUUCUGGGAAAUAAGAGCAGUACCGACUCUGUCGAACUUUGUGUUCUCAUUAUGCAAGCUAUGAACUAUGAAUCAUUAGAUACAAAAAACAACGAAGGAAAUACUCCACUACGUCUUGCUCUUUUUAGAGAAUCAGCUGUUUGUAUAAUGCUUCUACUAAAACGUGGUGCAAAUUUAUUAGAUGAAAACAAUCUCUCAAAUUCUGUUAUUGCUGAUUGUAUCGCAAUGAAGCGUUUGAAUCUUCUGGUUACAUUUCUUCAUCAACCGAUCGACAUCGAUUUGAGUAAAUUCUAUCAUAAGUCCGCUCCAUCUGUUUCAACUAAAGUAAUAACAGAUACCGAGACGUGGAAAUGGCAUUUUGUACCUGAAACAAAGGAGAAACCACUCGAAGAAGAUUCAUUGAUUUCUUUAAUCAUCAGGCAGAGCAAUUGGCAAGGAGUUCUAUCUUUAAUUCUCGAUGACAUUGAUCGUUUUCAUUUGAAAUAUAUUCAAGUAUUAGAAGCUGCAAUUUUAUAUAAGCAACUGAAUCUCGUUCUUCGUCUUAUAACAACCGUCAGGAAUCAAAGUGUCUUGCAAGGAACAAAUACCCAUGAACAAAAUUUAUUUCAUAUCGUAACGAUCCAGCAAGUAGCUGAUGCAACAUUUUUAGAAAAAUUUUUCGGUUAUCUCUACAAGUUUAAUAUUGAUUGGAAUGUUGCUGAUAAAUACGGAAUGUAUCCAUUACAUUAUGCUUGUAUUCUACAUUAUAAAUCGUUGAUUGAAUUUUUACGAAAGAAAUAUCCGAAAGAAUUGGAUUUCAAUCAAACUGAUCGAUAUGGAAAUUCAGCUUAUGCUUUAUUAUUCUGGAAUUCAGCUAGAAACAGUGCCAUUGACAAAGGAUUUCUUCGAACAAUCAUUCCUUCGGGUAGAUCUCUUGAUUGUUUAUGCAAUUAUGAGAAUCGUGUUGUAAGAAAUCCUUUGUCAUUCAAUUUUAUAAACGCAUCGUCAAAGAAUACUAUUCCACAAACGCCAAUUGAAUUAAAAGCUGUAUCAACGAUUAUACGAACAUCACCAUUGAUUAAUGCAGUUGUUCAUCAUAAUUUUGAAUUAACAAAAUUCUUACUUGAACUUGGUGCUGAUGUGAACUUUUCUGAUGAAGAAAAACUAACACCAUUAAUGCAUGCUGUUCGUCAGAAUGACCUGCACAUGGUAAAGUUAUUGCUUAAUAAAGAUUAUACACUUGAUGAUGAUAAUCGAUCUUCAAAAACAAUGUCUCAUUCAUGGGGACAAAACGUUCGAACAAAAUCAAAACCGAAAGGAUUCUUUCUCGGUGCUACGACUACUUCAAUGGCCGAUGACGACAAUGAGAAUGAAGAAGAGCAGCAGACGGAAAACAAAGAUAUAUCUGAUGAUAAAGAGCCCAUGAACGGAUCAAAUAAAUUUAAAAUGACGUCUAAUAUUGAUCUAGAUGCUACAGAUGCGCUUGGCCGUACAUGCAUCCAUCACUUAGUUCAGCCAUUUGCUGGUGCUUCUUAUGUGAAUUGCAUUGAAAUUUUGGAACUACUUCAUGCAUCAGGUGUCUCGUUAACUAAACCUGAUCGAAUGCAUCUAUCACCAUUACAGUAUGUUGCCAAGAAUGCUGGUUUUCGACGUUUAUAUGAUAAACUUAUAGAAUUAACAAAUGAACAACCGAUGGAUAUAGAAGAUUUGAUGAAUCAGCGUUUCAUAGUGAAUGAUCCAAAUAAGGAUCUACUCGGUCAAACAGAUUAUUAUUCAGACGCUCAAGCAUAUAUUAAUCAAUACAUUGCUGCUAGACCUGUAGACGAUGCAAAUAGCAUUCAUAAAGUUGAUCGUUUAUCCAACAUGAGUGAAACAGGAGAUAUUGUCUGGGACACAGAUAAGAGUGAACCGUAUGACGUUCGAUUAACCAUCACUGAUGUCGAUUACGGGCUAAUUGGUUUAUACAACUUUUAUCGAAUGCAAAUCAUUAAACAUAAAACUAAGACAAAUCUUUAUCUUCUAUUCACACGUUGGGGACGUAUUGGUGAUGGCGAUGGACAACAUCAAUUAACACCUUACUCCUCACUCGAAGAAUGUCGAGCGGAAUUUUGUAAGAUCUUUCGUGACAAAACUGGUAACGCCUGGGAAAAUACGAAUCGAUUCGAAAAGAAACCUAAGAAGUAUACUUUCAUACAACUAAAUGAUCAUCAAACACAUAAACACAAGGAUGUUCCGAUUGACUUUCAACGAUUAAAGGAUGAGAACGAACAAGUACCGUCGAAAUUAAAAUCAGAAGCCUAUAAGAACUUUUUCAAAACAUUUCUCAAUGAUCAAGUUAUUCGAGAAAAUAUCAACAAAGCUGAUUUAGAUAUUGAAUGGAUGCCUGUUUCUCAGUUAAAAACUGAAAGUCUACAAAGAGCACGUGAUAUAUUAGCGAAACUGGCAGCAGAUAUUGAACAAAAAGAUAAACUCAAAUUAAUUAUUCAACAAGCUACAUCCGAUGAAGCUCAAACCUUAUCAGCUGAUUCUGUUGAAAAAACUGAAUUCAAACGUUUAAUUGAUUCGAUUUGUCAACUUACUAAUGAAUACUAUAGUAUCAUACCUUUGCAAGGUUAUGGUGCUGAGAAACUACAUAUGAUUGAUACUGUACAAGCCAUCAAGAUACAAGAACAGAAGCUUACUGAUAUAUUUGAAUUAGAAUUAUCUUAUAAAAUUCUUCUAGCUGCAGAAGCCAAUUUGAACCAAAUAUCACCAUUAGAUUAUUUGUACAAAUCGAUUAAUUGUCAAUUUGAAGCGAUGAAUCAAAACGACAUUGAUUCACAAUUUAUUCUACGCUAUAUCUGGACAAGUGCGCCCAACACUGUAGUCGAGCAAAUACUCAAAGUUGCAAGGCCAAAUGACGAUGAACGGCUCUUUCAACGAAAUCUUGAUAACCAUUAUUUACUAUGGCAUGGUACAAAUAUUUGCAAUUUGAUUAGCAUACUUACACGAGGACUUUUAGUUACACCUUUAUGCGCAAAAAGGACUGGAAGUUUAUUUGGGAAGGGAAUCUACACAGCUGAUGCAUUUAUCAAAAGUCUCAGCUAUUGUUCCGGUGUUAGACAAAGCAAUGGUGAAUGUUGCUUUAUGUUGUUAUGCGAAGUGGCAUUAGGUACUUCUGAAGAAGCCAUCGAUAGGUACGGUGAUGAAGAUAAACCGUUAGACGUCGAUAAAUAUCAAAGUCGUAAGGCCCAUGGUCGCUUGUUUCCUGACACACGAUACAUCAUCAUGAGAAAUGACGGUGUCAAAAUCCCAUUGGGUCAGUUGAUUUCUUGCGCGGAUUCAAAUCGCACAUAUUAUCGAUGUGCAUACAACGAAUACAUCGUCUUUGAUGAAUCGCAAAUCGCACUGCGUUAUAUUGUUCAAUUUCGUCGAUAA